AUGGCUCCGUCUAGGAAGGGUGGCAGUCGGGUGGCCAAGACCAACGCGCUGCGGAACCGAAAGCUCGCCUCCUUUCUUAAGGACUUCGACCGUGAAGUGCAAAUGCGAUCCAAGCAAAUUCAGUCAGACAGGCAGAACCUCCUCAAAGAGUUGGAUAACUUGUACAACAUUGAGAUCCUGCGACUCCCCAAGGCGCUGCGCGAGAUGAACUGGCUCGAAUACUUCGCCCUUGGAGGAAACAAGCAGGCCCUGGAAGAAGCAGCAACAGCUGACUUGGAUAUCACAGAAAUAAACAAAUUAACAGCAGAAGCUACUCGGACACCCCUGAAACCUGCCAAAACACGAAAGGUAAUGCAAGUGGAUGAGAUGAUAAUGGAAGAAGAAGAGGAAGAAAAUAACAGUAAGAAUCGUCAAACUGCAAGAGUUAAGAGGUGUCCUCCAUCCAAGAAGAGAACCCAGUCCAUACAAGGAAAAGGCAAAAAUAAAAGGUCAAGCCAUUAUGCCACCAUUACCCCGUCUGUGGGCCGACUGGAGCUGUCUCUGGUGAAACCAACUCCAGGCCUGACACCCAGGUUUGACUCACGGAUCUUCAAGACCCCGGGCCUGCGCACUCCAGCGGCCAGAGAGCGGAUUUACAAUGUGUCUGUGAAUGGCAGCCCUCUUGCUGACAGCAAAGAGGUAUUCCUCACUGUGCCGGUGGGAGGCGGAGAGAGCAUGCGGUUAUUGGCCAGUGACUUGCAGAGGAUUGAUAUUGCACAGCUGGAUCCAGAGGCCCUGGGAAACAUUAAGAAGCUCUCUAGCCGUCUUGCUCAAAUCUGCGGCACCAUACGAACUCAAAAAUGA